GGCUAUGGCUCACAGGCCGCAAAGGACUUUCCGGCAGCGCCCAGCCGAUUCUAGCGACAGCGACGGCGCCGAGGAGCCGUCUGCUGAGCCCGGAACACGGAAGGAACAGGAGACCUCCGGCCCUGCGGAGGAAGGGCCGCUCUCUCGAGGAGGCCGCGCGCAGGUGGCGGAACUGCCCCACCGAGUCCGGGUUGCUCGGGGCCGGGGCCGGGUGUGGGCGACUUCCCGGCGCCCCCCGGGAGCGGCUCCCCGCGCGGACGGCGCGGAAUCCAGAACAGUUGAUCUGUCAACAGAUGAAGAAGAUGGAACACACCACUCCUCAGAAAGUAAGGAUGAUCAGAGUUCAUCUUCUGACAGCUCUAGCUCUCUAGAAGAAAAAGAAUUUUCGUCAACAGUUAAGAUCCCUGAUGCAGCUUUUAUUCAGGCAGCCCGCAGAAAACGUGAAUUGGCCAGGGCCCAAGGUGACUAUAUUUCUUUGGAUGUAAAACAUCCCAUCACCAUCUCUGGUACGAAGAGAAACAGUGAUGAUGAUCCUGAGAGUGAGCCUGAUGAUCAUGAAAAGAGGAUACCAUUUGCCCCAAAGCCUCAAACACUUAGGCAAAGAAUGGCUGAAGAAACAACAAGCGGAAAUGCAACAAGUGAAGAAAGUCAGGAAGAUGAAAAUCAAGAUAUUUGGGAACAUCAACAAAUGAAGAAAGCAGUUAAAAUCAUAGAGGAAAGAGACAUAGGUAUUUCCCACAGCUGUGGAUCUCUAACAGUGAAGAAGUUUGAUACUUCCAUUUCAUUCUCUCCAGUCAAUUUAGAAAUUAUUAAGAAGCAAUUAAAUACUAGGUGAGUAAUAUUCAUUUUGAAAUUUAUAUUUCAUCUAGAGAGUUCAUCAGAUCAAGCUCUGAAUUAUAAAUUCUAUAAAAGCAUGAAAAUUUAUGUGGAAAAUUUAAUUGACUGCCUUAAUGAAAAGGUACAUGUAAAUAUUUAUAUCAUUUUCUUUUUUGGAGAAGCGCCCCUUACCAUGCAAUUACAAAAAGUCUACAUCUUACAAUUAAAUACUUUUCUCUAUAAAAAAUUAAUUUUAUUAACAGGCAAAGAGGAGACAUCAACAAAUGGAAACUUGGCUGUAGAUGAAAAAACUCAGUGGAUUUUAGAAGAGAUUGAAUCUCGAAGAACACGAAGAAGACAAGCAAGUGUGCUUUCUGGGAAUUGCAACCAUCAGGAAGGGACAUCUAGUGAUGAUGAAUUAUCUUCAGCAGAGAUGACUGACUUCCAAAAAAGCCAAGAUCACAUUUUACAGAAUCAGAAGAAAGUUUUUGAAGAUGUGCAUGAUGAUUUUUGUAACAUCCAGAAUAUUUUGUUGAAAUUUCAGCAAUGGCGAGAAAAGUUUCCUGAUUCCUAUUAUGAAGCUUUCAUUAGUUUAUGCAUACCAAAGAUUUUAAAUCCCCUAAUACGAGUUCAGUUGAUUCCUUGGAAUCCUCUUAAGUUGGAUUCUAUAGAUUUAAAACAGAUGCCAUGGUUCACAUCUGUAGAAGAAUUUAUGGAUAGCAGUAUGGAAGAUUCAAAGAAGGAAGAUAGUUCAGAUAAAAAAAUCUUGUCUGCUGUUAUCAACAAAACAGUUAUCCCCCGACUUACAGACUUUGUAGAAUUCAUCUGGGAUCCCUUGUCAACCUCACAGACAACAAGUUUAAUAACACACUGCAGAGUGAUUCUUGAAGAACAUUCCACUUGUGAAAAUGAAAUUAGUAAAAGCAAACAGGAUUUACUUAAAUCCAUUGUUUCAAGAAUGAAGAAGGCAAUAGAAGAUGAUGUUUUUAUUCCUCUUUAUCCAAAGAGUGCUAUAGAAAACAAAACAUCACCACAUUCAAAGUUCGAAGAAAGACAGUUCUGGUCAGGUCUAAAGCUCUUCAGCAACAUUCUUCUUUGGAAUGGACUCCUCCCAGAUGACACCUUGCGAGAGUUAGGACUAGGAAAGCUGCUAAAUCGUUACCUUAUCAUAUCUCUUCAUAAUGCUAUACCCGGGCCAGAUGUUGUUAAAAGGUGUAAACAGAUAGCAGCAUGUCUACCAGAAAAAUGGUUCGAAAAUUCUGCCAUGAGGACAUCUAUUCCCCAGCUAGAAAACUUCAUUCAAUUUUUAUUGCAGUCUGCACAUAAAUUAUCUAGAAGCGAAUUCAGGGAUGAAGUUAAAGAAAUAAUUCUUAUUCUGGUGAAAAUAAAAGCUUUGAAUCAAGCAGAAUCUUUCAUAGAAGAGUAUCACCUAGACCAUCUUAAAUCACUGAUUAAAGAAGUUUGAGGAAACUUUAUAGAAAAGUGCUAAAAUUAGAUUUUAAUAUAAUUACAUUCAGUUCCUUUGCUUGAAUAAAAACCUGUUGUCUCUUCUUUAUUCCCUGUAAUGGGAAAAACACAGGACUCCAUCCACCCCUCCAUUCCCUCCAUGCUUUCCCUUCUGGUAUCAUGAAAGGCUGCCUUGAUUCUGUGAUGUUUGCAGGAAUUAAAUGCAUAGGAGCAGUUAAGAGUUCAAUGUGUUUCCCUUUGA